AUGCUGCCUUGCCCAAAAGGUUGCGAGAAAUCAGCAGCAGCAUGGCAUCUGUGGAGUCUCGGAACGUGGAUCUUCUCUGCUCUGCUGGCUGCUGUGAUGAUUGCCCUCACAAUCAACAAGGACAGAUUGGAUCGACAGUAUGCUACCGAUGCAAUCAUCAAGCGAAUUGCGCAGGAACGCGAAAGUGCUUCCAGUCCGAGUAGCCCGCUGUCGAGUGGACAG